UAAUAAAAAAUGGCGAGAACUGUGCAGAGUAAGCGUAAACCUUGGGUGAAAAACCUCUACUCGAAUCGUGAAUACCCGGAUAACUAUACGGAUGUAAGCUUUCUCAAAGACUUACGCACAAACCUUAAUGUGCGGUUUUAUACAUUUGCCGAGGCUGUUGCCGGCAUUUCAGUGCUUAACAACCAAAUUUCCUGCAUCACCGGCUUCCUCAUACUCUAUCACUUGAUGUUGAAUGAUACUGUGGCACCAACUAGCAUAUUGGUGCCCACCUGCGUAAUUACGGGCAUUGGGUAUUUAUUCUAUCGCGGCAAGAGCCUCAGCAUGAAACUGCUGGGAGAGGAUUCCAAGACGUUAGUCACUGUGCUGCUGUUUGGAUAUAUGUUCUCACCCAUGCUGCACACACUGACGCAGGCCAUUAGCACGGAUACUAUAUAUACAAUGACAUUCUUUGUGAUGCUAUUCAAUCUGAUGUUCGCGGACUAUGGACUGGAUGUGGCCAUGGUCUCUAAAGCUAUAUCGUUAAAUGGGGCCAUCUUUGGAGCCAUCUGCUUGGCAUCGCGUCUUUCUACGUCAUAUCAUGCCUUUGUGUUGCUUGUCGAGGCAGCUAUCUUCUUUGUCUUGUAUCCAAUAUUGACAGCGGGUACCUGGCAUGCAAUUUUCAUGCUGCCCAUCUUUGUUAUAUGUUGCACGACGCUUUAUUUUAUAUCCCGUCCAGUGAUGCAUCUGUAUGCAUGCACCACGCUCUUCGUCAACUUUAUCUGCCCUCUUAUAUUUGUGCAAUACCAACGCUACAAAUUUAAUAUACAUGGUCCCUGGGACGAGGCUAUAGUGGAGGAGAACACGGACGAAAAUCUGGAUGAGAACUUAUAGCGCCAGCUGUGCUUCUCUUCAUCGCACUUUGGAAAUGGGAAGCACAUGCUUUAGCGUUAAAGUCAUAAGUCUUAUGGACACAUAUACACACAGAGGAUUCCAAAUACAUUUUGUAAAUAAAUUAAUUUUA